UUCCUAUUCGGUAGGCUGUGAAUUUAAUUGUUAACUAUUCGAGGAACACUUUAUUUAUUCUUUCGAUUUGUUGUUGAAUGCACUAUGUCGGACUCGGAGGAGAGCGCCUGGAUACCUUGGUUCUGCAAGCAGCGCGGUCAUGAAUUUUUCUGCGCCGUGGACGAGGAUUACAUACACGACAAGUUCAAUUUAAAUUUUCUCGACUCGAAUGUGAGCAACUAUCGCCGAGCUCUCGAGGUGAUACUCGAUCUGGACACGGGCUCAGGCUCGGAUGCGCCACCUGAAGCGGAGCUGGAGCAGUGCGCCGAAAAGUUGUAUGGCUUGAUACAUGCUCGCUUCAUUCUAACCAAUCGUGGCAUUGAUUUAAUGCUGGAAAAGUAUCAGCUCGGCGCCUUUGGCUGCUGUCCACGUGUCUUUUGCCAGCGACAAUCGGUUCUGCCCAUUGGGCUGAGCGAUAAUCCCGGCGAGGAUACGGUGCGCAUCUUUUGCCCCAAAUGCAAUGAUGUCUAUCUGCCACGUUCUGCUCGCCAUUCGGUUGUCGAUGGCGCCUUCUUUGGCACCGGAUUUCCGCACAUGUUGCUCAUGGUGCGGCCCGAUCUGCGACCCAAGAGAGCCAAGCAAAAGUUUGUGCCAAGGUGUGUAUUGUAUGGCUUCAAGAUCCACCAGCUGGCGCAUCGUUCGCCCAACGAAUACGGCAGCAUAAUGUACAAGACACCGAUGCAACCAGAACCAGAUACUUGAUACAAUUGAUUCGUUUCAUUCGUUUCACUUUGCAUUCCAAAAUUUUAUGUGAUCCCAUGACUAAAUUACAUGUAUCUACACCAUUCUGCGCAAUUUGUCGUCUCAAUCUCACAAGAAUCUCAUUACCUAUGGCUGCAAAAUUGUUUAUGCAAAAAUUAUA